GUUACAAGCGGAAAACGACUCAACUCGGCGUUACCUAGAAGAAGUGUGCUAAGUGUUUCCGUCACCAAUGAUUCCCUUCAAAUUAUCGCUUCAGACUUUCAGUUCUCAAACUUAUUUGCAUUUUCGUGUUUAUUUAACAAAUUGACAGGUUUUUAAUAUCUUCCUAGUUCUUACAUCUUUUCUUUAAUAUACAAGAUAAUGACAUCAGAUAACAGUUUUUGCUAGGAAGCUUAUUAAUAACCACGAAGGUGGGCAUUCAAAUUGAAUAUUAAAAAGUUAAAAUUUCUUUGUAUAUUUUAAGACGUCGAGACUUCCGUUUUAAGUGAUUUGCAUUUGGAUUAUUUAAAUUUACAUCUUAUAUUGUCAUGUUUGUUUCGAAGUGAAAGGUGCCAAGUGGUUAGUCGAAACGCGACGCGCUUAUGUAUAUUUGUAUCGAAAUUCACAAUAACACAAUUUGGUAAAAGAUGAAAAGCAUAGUUGCUAAAAUGUUUUCAGCGAAGCAAAGAAUACCAAAGGCGACCUUUCCUCGUUGUUUAUCCUUAACCUUAUGUACUUUCGUGCUUCUUUUAAACAAUAUAGCUAGCAGUCAGGAUUCAACUCUAUACCAAGAUGGCGAUUUCGUUAUCGAAGCGUUGCUGCCGAUAACAAGAGGCGACGGUGACUUAUUGGACACUUACGCAAUCGCAAGCGAAGUUGUGAGAGUAACAAUCGACCAAAUAAACAAUAAUUCAAAGCUUUUAACAAACGUGACACUCGGCUACGACAUCGUGAAUGAUAAACUCGACUUACACCUGAUCAUGAAGCGAGCUAUCGGGAUCGUCUCGAAAUAUCGGCCGGGUUCAAUUUGUCGUCAAGACGAGGAAUUUUGUACUGCCGAUCAAUAUUUGGGGCCGUUUAUAGAUAAACGGGUUGGAGCAGUCAUCGGCCCUGCUACGUCGAGUAGCUCAGUACCAAGUGCGAGUCUACUUGGUUUAUACAACAUCCCUCAAAUAGGCUACUCGGCUUCGUCGAGUAUUUUAAGCGAUAAGUCCCGAUUUAAGUCGUUCCUACGUACCAUCCCCUCCGACAAAUACCAAGCCGAGGCAAUCGCGUCGUUUGUAAACAAGUUCGAUUGGAAUUACGUGUUUUUUCUCGGCUCUGACGAUGAAUAUGGUCGGCAAGGAUUGGCAUCGUUUAAAAUGGCAGCGAGAAAACUCAAAGUAUGCACAGCUGAUGAUGUGAAUAUUCCGUUUCAACGACCAAGCGAUGCGACGAAACAGACCACAAAAAUUAUCGAGAAAAUGAAAAGCAUGCCCCGUGUCGGAGUGGCAGUCCUAUUUAUGUUCGAGCAACAGGCAUCACAGGUAAUAUUGAGUAGUUCGCUAUAUUAAAUAUACGUAUGGAUGUGCCUGUACAAUGCUCCAUAUUUAUUUAAGUACAGGUGGCACACGAUUAUAUCGUGCGCUCCACCUAACUGCUGAGUUAAGCCUGCUGUAGGUCGAGGGGUAGGGUAUUGAGGCCAAUUUAUACACUAUACGCAACUUUUGCCUAAAGCGCACAACGUGCCUACGUUGCGUAGGCGAAUUGUGUGAUUGAUUUACACAGUACAACUCAAGUUGUAAGCAGGUUGCAUUCGACAGUUUGAGGCAAAUGUUGUGUAGUGUUUUUUGGCCUUUAGAUUUCGCUACGAGUAAUACCCUACCCUCGACUCACAGUAGCAGACUUAACUCAGCAGUGAGAGACAGCGCUCUAAACAUAUCUGUCACCCUUGCUUUCCUAAAGUAAUACCCUACCCUCGACAAACAGUAGCAGGCUUAACUCAGCAGUAAGAGACAGCGCUCUAAACACAUCUAUCACCCUUGCUUUCGUAAAGUAAUACCGUACCCUCGACAAACAGUAGCAGGCUUAACUCAGCAGUAAGAGACAGCGCUCUAAACAAAUCAGUCAUCCUUGCUUUCCUGAAGUAUAAUACACUACCCUCGACCUACAGUAGUAGGCUUACCUCAGCGGUAAGGGCAGAGCGGUAUAUAACCGUGUCUGUCACUGUACAAUCCCAAUAUUGGUAGGGCGGUAUGUUAUAUAACUUUUAUAUAUAGCUAAUACGUUUUCCCUCGUGAAAUAAAAUCUUGCUUGUUGAAUGGUUUGAAAAUGGUUUCCGUGGAGGGAAACGUCGGACAAAGUUCUUUUUGCAAAUAUAUUUUGGGAGAACAAAAACAAAGAGUUUUGCUUAUUACUAGGUACUACAAGAAGCAGAGAAGCAAGGCCUACGAAACAUGACGUGGAUUCUGAGCGAUGCCAUCGGACCAACGAUAGUGAAUUACGACAUCAACGCUGACCUGCUACACGGCUCUUUCGGCGUGGACUUCGUGUACGCAAAAAUUCCUGAAUUUGAAGAAUACCUUUUGAGUAUAACGGUAGAAAAAGCAGCGAGCAAUCCAUGGAUGUUGAAACUGUUAGAAAAAUCUCUCAACUGUAACAGCAAAGCCAUGCCUGGCAAAAGACAAUGCAGAAAAGACGAAAAGCUUGACAACAACACGCUAAAUCUCGCAAACCGUUGGAGUAGACUUAUAAGUAUUAUAAACAGCAUCAACGCUGUCGCGUAUGGGUUGGAUAAUCUCCUAAAAUGCAACGGACGGUUGGCGAAUGGUCUUUGCCCAAAUACAAGCUUUCCACUGAGCGGUAAAGACUUGUAUGCCUACAUACAGAAUGCAUCUUUCACCAGCCCUAUAGGAGAGCAGGUUUCGUUCGACAAGAGUGGUGAUUUGGACACAAAAAAGUACACUUUCCGUAACGUGUUGCUCGACCGUGAGAAACGCACUCUUGAAUUUAAAACAGUCGCAAACUGGUCAUCCCUGCAGCCUGACCGCCCGAGCUUCCUUGAAAACGUGGAUCUAACAUGGAACGAUGGCAAGAUCCCAUCUGCAACCUGCAGUCAGGUGUGCCAACCCGGACAAAAACAGGUGGGGCAGAGUGAUUGUUGCUGGGCCUGUCACCCUUGCCCCAGGGGGAAGAUAAGCAACACCACGGGGGCAACAGAAUGUUACGCAUGCCCAGCGGGCUGGUACGCUAACGAUGGCCAAACAGAAUGCUUGAAAACCUCAAUCGACUACGUCGAAUCGAGCGACGCUUUUUCAAUUGUCAUCAUAUCCAUAAGUACCAUUGGCCUGGUUGCCGUGGUGAUAGUGGCGUCACUGUUCUUUUACGUCAAGGAUACCCCAUUGAUCCAAGACUCGGCCCCAAUCCUCCUCGCCCUUCUACUGCUCUCGACCGCUCUGGGAUUCCUCUAUUCGAUUUUCCAAGUCUCCCUAUAUCGUACGGACGGAGUGUGCCGACUUCUGGGCGGACUUUUGCAAUUCGUACUCCUCAUGCUUGCAAGCACCUUAUUGGCUAAGACGAAGACAUGUGACUCGCACCUCAAAAAGUUUGCCUCACAUUACAUCAAACCCGCGGCGGAGUAUGUCGCCCUAAUAUUCGUGGGGGCCUUGCUGCUCUUCCAACUUCUCCUCAUGGGGGUCUGGUUCCUAACAGACACACCCUUCGUCCGCUACUUGGAAAGCUCGCAGGCAGUGCACAUCCGGGAAUGCAAUUCCAGCUGGGAAGCAGGUCGGUUCAUCGCGACAGGCUUCCCGUUGCUCGUCUUAUUUUUCGCGACAGUUUUUGCGUUUAAAGAGCGCGACGAUCGCAAGAAUCACCACGAAGCGAAGUACAUAAGUUUCUGCACCAUUUCGAUUUGCAUCCUGUUAAUAGCAUUCUUCCCGACCUAUCGAUUUGCUCAAGGCAUGACGACCAGUAUUGUCAUAGCAACCACGACGCUCGUGGGCGCAUUAGCGAUCUGCGGUUGCAUCAUCCUACCAAAAGUCUACAUCCUUGUCAUCCAACCCGAACGAAACGUACCGGAAGAGGAACGCGAGAGGAGCCACAAUACCGUUAGUUCAGCCCACACGGCCGGAAGUCAACACCAGCCCGUGUUUGCGGAGCCUGGGGAGGAGUUACGACCACCCAAUGACGUAGAGUUCAUGUCGUCAGCGUCGAGUGCGCAUGAGAAAGAUGUCGUGAAAGACGUUCCAAUUACUUAAAAGCGGUCAGUGUUGGGGACAAUUGACUUUAUUUAAGCAACAAAAUAUGAAAAUAAGUGUUUAGGGACAGCUCGUUUAUUUAAUAGUCAGAUAAAUAGACUUUUAUGCAAAACAUGAUUUGUACGUUCUUCCAUUGUAGCAAAAAUAAAAUGUUUUUUGUUAUUUUAAACAAGUUUUUAUCAGUCAAUUUAGUUGACUUUUAUGCAAAAAAAUCCGAAAACGCCAGUACUAAUAAACAGGGAUACAUUAUAAUAUAUCUUGUCAUAAUUUGGGGCCAACCCUAAUCCUUCUGUUACUGUUCUCGAUAUAAUAAACCAAGCAUUUGAAUGUAAAAACCUUAACUGCUCAAUUUCUCUGUGCAGAGCUUCAGAGUAUCGCACCUUCACUGAAUGUAUACAUCGAUACAUCCCUCAUAUAUCCCUCCCGGUACCUCAUACAAUAGCAAUUGUUAUCCAUAUAUAUAUAUAUAUCCAGCAAUCACUCCACAACUGAGACAAUUUGUUUUUUCCUCUCCGGCACAUAAGGUACCUUUCCCGUGGCACUGUGGAGUCGACGAUUUUCCUCCCU